AUGACACCAUCGAAUCUGCUAGUACUAUUUCUCGUGUAUUAUUUAGUAUGUAGUGGUGCUUUUGCAGUGAAUAACAAUGAAGUGGAACUUGAUGCUUCGGAAAAAUCUGAAGCCGAAGAUGUAGGGAAACCACUGAUUCUGUCGCAUUACCUGGACAAUGGACAAUUGAAGGAAGGAAGGGAGAAGGCACUCGUCGAGCACAGAGAAAUACCAGGCAUCGAGAGUUACAGUGGGUACUUCACGGUCAACAAAGAAUACAAUGCCAAUUUGUUUUUUUGGUAUUGCCCAGCAGAGAACAACCGGGAAAGUGCUCCGAUAGUAUUGUGGAUGACGGGUGGUCCGGGCUCGACGUCUAUGCUCGGGCUUUUCGCUGAAAAUGGCCCGUUCACUGUCACUGCAAACCAAACCGUCGAAAUGAGGAAGCACUCGUGGACGCGCAACCACCACAUGCUCUACCUCGACAGUCCUGUGGACGCUGGCUACAGUUUCACGGAGAGUGACAAGGGCUUCGCAACGACAUCGGACGAUGUUGCACGUGACGCGCUCGCAUUUUUAACACAGUUUUUCCAGUUGUUCCCCGAACUUAGGAGCAACGAACUCUACGUCGUUGGGGAAUCGUUGGCUGGAAAGUUUGCGCCUCCGAUAGCUCACGCCAUCAAAGUACACAACGAAAAUGCGGAGGUGCGGAUAAACGUGCAAGGUCUCAUUAUCGCAGGUGGUGUGUGCGAUCUAGUUAACCAAGUGAAGCACGUUCAGUACAUUUACGAAUUGGGCCUCAUCGGCGAGGACGAUAGGAGAGAAUUGCAAGCGUUGGAAGACAAACUCGUCGGUUUGUUGAAACAGAAGAAGGUGUUCCAGUCCAUUGCUCUGAUGAACAAAGUAAACAAGAUGAUGGACAACAUUACUGGUUACAGUUACUACUUCCAUUCGAUGAGGCCCACAGAGCCAGACUACAUCAACCCGUUCGUCCACUGGGUGGUGAGGCCUGACGUGCGCAAAGCCAUACACGUCGGCAACGUCACGUUCGAGAGAACAUCAGUGCAGGUGAAAAAGCACAUUGGCAGGGAUAUGCUGCACUCCGUGGCAAAUUAUGUCGAGGAAGCUCUUGCCGAUGGCAAAAAGGUCCUCGUUUACGUUGGCCAAUUGGACAUGAUGGUCACCAAUGCUGCCAUGGAAAAUUACAUUUCAAAGCUUAAAUGGCCCGGAGCCGAAAGUUACAAGACGACCAAAAGAAAGAUAUACUACGUCGGGGACGAGUUGGCCGGGUAUGUUAGAUCAGGUGUCAACUUGACGGCAGUACUCAUGAGAAAUUCCGGUCACAUGCUACCGAACGACCAACCCGUGUUGGCCUUUGAUAUGAUUACGAGAUUCACGCACAAUCUGGGAUAUUGA